UGUUGCGAUUCUAAGAGAGCUUCAGUUGCUAGAAGCAGAUCAUCAUUUCCCCUCGAGACAUGGGCUUUCCCUGAAAGAGAUGAUUGCUUUCUGCAAAAAAUGUUGCGCACGCAAAAAAUCAACGUCGCCACCGCCAACGUCACCACCACCUUCAAUGCCAGAAACUUCGAAAAAGGAAGUUAAGGCUGCUAUUACCAUCCAGAAAUGGUGGCGUGGUACUCUAGUCCGCCGUAGCCUGCAACACGCCAUCGUCUGUGCAUGGUUGGUCCAGAAAUGGUGGCGCAUGAUUUCCUUCCGGAGACGAGAAGAGAAAAGGGCAAUGGCAUUAUCGACGUACAUUUGGUCUGAGAAGGCUUCCGUCCUCUUGCAAUCAAUGUUUAAGAUGUGGCUUAUGAGAACACGGUACAAGAAGUAUCAAAGGGCAGCCCAGAUCAUCCAAAGUAACUGGCGGCACCACAGCUUCCGGAAAUCCUCCGGCUCCUAUUCUCUUAGCAACCUGAAUCAGGAUGGCAUAGAUUUGAACAUUGAGAUUGUUGUUGAGUAAAGAGUCUCUGUGGAGAAGGUAGAAGAGACUGCUUUCAAAUUCAGACUCCAGGGAGUGAAAUAAAUGCAUGCUUUGUCAUACA